AUUUUCGCACUCGCUAGUUCAUGCCUUACCAGGUCUUCGUGUUUGGUGGUGUUGCGCGACUAAUGCUGCACCAGAGUGAAAACGAUGUGAACCGUGAAUGACGCCAUGCAGCUUGCCCUCGCCGGUCCUGGACGUUUUCGACGUGUGAUUGUGCUGUUCCCGAGGCGACAAUUUGAGAGAUUUUUCGUCCAUUACGAGCUCCCGUUUUCACAGGGUCUGACGACUCCUUGAAGCCAGCGGCAGCAGCGGCAUCAAACCGGCGUCUUUCGGCAUGUUCCCGCGCUUUCCGAGCUCAGGCUUGCUACAGGCCAUGCCGGGACCUGCUCCUUGGACGAACCAGUACAAUCCCCCGUUCCAGCAGCCCGCGCUCUUGAUGGUCGCCGUCAAUGACCGAAACAACUCGGGAACUGCCCCUUCGUCGAUAACAGGGUUACCUCCCUGGCAUCCGCACCCGCAGUACGUGUCCAUGCCUGCCGCCGACCCGCAUCGGUCGCUCAAUGCCGCGAGCUACGACUUGGACUCUGCCUCAACGAACGUGACCGCGUGGGGGUUUUCACACAGUGCCUCGGCUGCGCAAAGUGGGCUCCACUUGCCGCAGUAUUUCCAGCAGCCUGCGACGAGCAGCCACCAUAUGACGAGCACUUGGCACGCGUCGGCAGCGACCGCGUCGAACACUCCGAGCUAUCGCCAGACCGAGCUGCCAACCCAUCAACCACUCACGAUAUCGAUCGCCGUUCAACUCCAGCACGUUCAUCAGCCAUUGAUCCAGCAGUCGCACAUGUACCAUCCCUCACUGGCCACGUUGUUUCAUCGCGAGUACAUACCCCUUCUCACUACCACAACCGCACAGCCCCUUCCAUCGAGUCAUCAACAACCUGUCAAUAUUUCCAGCCAGCAUCAGCGAUCGCGGACACCGAUGAUAGCCCAGCAGCAGGAUGGAAUGGGUGUCCGGACCAGUCAAUCCUUUCAGCAGCAUCAGCAACAGAACCAGGCUCAAAGGACGAGGGUUGCGAGAGUGCAGCAGGUGCAGCAGGUGCAGCAGGUGCAGCAGGUGCAGCAGGUGCAGCAGAUGCAGGAGGGCUCUUACCGCAGUAUGGCACAGCAGCCCAUGCAGUCCACCCAGGGGCAGUGCAUGAACAACCAGAAUAGGAUGCCCUCGAUGUAUUCAAGCUACCAGAUGGUGUCACAGUUGCACCUGCGGAGCAGCACAGAUCCCGGCGGACACGACGCCCAAAUCCCGCCCAUCGUUGAGCGUUACGGCCACGAGGUGCUAGCUGUGGUGCCGAACUCGCAGCUCCACCAUCAGCAGCCGAGAUGCGACAUGCCCACUAACUUUGUGAACCAGCAAAACCUUGUGCAGCUGCAGCAUCAGAUGGCGCGGACACGUCUCGAGGGGAGCACGGCUUUGUCCAAUGCCCAGUCAGCCAUGCACGAGGCCGGUACCGGGGCAGGAGCCGAGAUCGCAAACGCAGAGAACGCGUUCCAGCGGAACAACGCUCGACCGGCUGACGAGACGGAGUCUCCGUCCAGUGACCUCCGCGACUUAGAACGCGCAAUCCCGUUCUUGGAUUCCGCCCGGCUUUUGACAAGGUUCCAGGAGCUGCUCAACAAGCUUAAGGCCAGAGGCACGGACCUGCACAAACCCUGCGGCAACAUCGUCGGCACCACGAAAUGUUGGAUGACGGAGCAACUGCCCGCUCUAAACGAAGUACUCUGGACUGUUUAUGUGCAGGUCAUCGAACACGCUCCCAGCGUGUUCACGUUGAAAUGCGUAGAAGACGUCGGCAAGACAUUAACUGUGUCCUCAAUUGUGGAGCCUUACUGCUUGGUGUACUGGCUUCUCAGGUAUCACGUCUGCAUCGAGCGACUGGUCCUAGACUGCAAGGCUGCCAUCUUGCGCUACUUCCCUGCUACGCUGAGUGAAGCGCUGGCAGCCAACAAGGGUCUCGUCACAAUUCAAGCUCUUUCAGACAGAAGAUAUUCGUACGAAACGAAUGGCGGUGCAGCUUUGGCCCGUGUCAUCUGCGAGAUGUCUCCUCGACUAGAGUGCUUGAAUGUUACGCCCUUGGUACUCGACGGCGCCGCAGUCGAGAGCCUCGUUCAAGGAAUGAGAGGCCCUAGCAACCUGCGCCACCUCGUCCUCGGCAACAUGUCGGAGAGGUUGGCGGGAAAAGUACUUGGCGCUCUGAGUGCCGCUUCAAGCUUAAGCUCGCUGGAAGUGUGGGACGCCAUGUUCUUGACGCAGGCAGACUCCGCUCUUCUCGCCAGUGCGUUGAGGGUCAAUACAACCUUGCGGGACUUAGCCGUGAGACACCUGGCCAAGGACACUGCCGGUAUCAUACUGCAAUCCUUGGAUAGCAACCGUACGUUAAAGGAAUUGUCGCUUGAAGACUGGCGCGACUGCUCGCAAGUCAGUCUUGCGGACGGCAUACGGGCGCUUCGCGCUAACGAGUCUCUCAGGUGUCUCAAGCUUACCAAUGUCGGCUUUACCAACGAAUGUGCGCUCGCUCUCGCCGACGUUCUUCGAGGGAACGACGCCCUUCAGGAUAUCUCUCUUCGCCACAACUCGAUAAGAGACGGCGGAGCUGUAGCUCUAGCUAAGGUCCUGGAGCAUAACAUUUCUGUAAAGCAUCUUGACCUGACGGAGGGCAAAUUCGCCGGUAACGCGGUGUCUCAGUUUGUGCAUUUCCUUUCUCGAAAUAGUACAGUGGAGUGUGUGCGUCUCGGCAACGUUGCCAUCAAAAAAUGGUGGAAACCUUCGUUACCCCUCACUGCAGACCUGUUCGCUCGAUUGCAAGUGACAUGGAGCAUCCCCGUACUCAAGGAAUGGACGUCGUGUCUCCAACAGAAUUACCAGUACGUGCCUUCCGCUUGCGUUCGCUGGUGCAGUGAAGACCACACCCAACCCAUCAGGAAAUGGCUCUCCGCGGUAGAUAUGUGCAGUUCAUCGCUCAGUGAACUUGUCGUCUACUUUUCUUUCAGGUUGUGCUACUCUCGGGCUGUCAAAGUAUUCACGUCCUUCCUACAAGACACAAACUCUCUGAAGAAGCUUAUCGUACGUCCGCUUGCUUAUGAUUUUGGCGGCAUUCCGAGCGAAAUCAUUGCCAGUAUUGCCCACAACAGAAGCCUUCGCGAAGCUGAGUUCGACGUGGCAAUCGGCCAAUACCGAGUGGUGAAGGCUGUUGAAGCCGUGCUGCAAGCCAACCGCACCUUGCACCGACUUAAGUUCCGUGUUAACGAGCUGCCACAGGAAGCUCUGUGCAUGCUGGCGCGCUCUUUGGAAGAAAACUUUGUGUUUCUGACACUCGAGUUCGACGAGCGCUAUACCCAGGCCGAUAUGUACCCACUUCUGAGUGCCCUGAGCAGGAAUCGGACCCUCCUUAACAGCGCCGUGCGGCGCGUGUUGGAUAGUGAUGUAGACGACUGCUCAAAACAGGCCCUUCAGCUUCUAUCGACCUGUGACACGCUUCUAGACGCAGUGGUUAGCGCUACGGGCAAAACUCGCGACCAGUGCAAAUACCUCAUACUUCAGGCAAUUAACCACGCUUAGUGUUGUCUAACACUAAUGUGACGUCAUGGAUCCUUUAGCGAGUUGGAGACGACAUUUCUUGACUAGCUUGUCAAAUUCGAACUUUGUCCCGGCAGUGGGAACGAGAAGUUUCUCGUGGACUCCGAGAAAGGGAGCGUGUAAGAGGUCUGCUCAACUUUUGUCUACUGUGUACCACGUGAUGGCGAGCGCUGCACAUUUUACCGGACAGCUGCGGCAGGCAACGGGAAGUCACGCACGAUGCGGCGCACAUGGCCUCCUGGAGCGCCGCCUCCGCCCCCGCGCAACGCAUGCGCUUGGGAGAAAUCGUGAAACCUGGACGCCGGCCGUGUAGUUCACUUCGGUGCGUUUUCCGUCCACUUCACUUCCUGGCGUUUGCCCACACAUUCUCCCCUCCUUCUUUGCCCGGACAACUACUCUUCUUACGUAGCGCCAUCUGCUGAUAUGCGUGAAAGCUAUUCCACACGUUGCUUCCAUAUGCGCAUGCGUGUAGUACCGGAGAAUGGUGGCAGCGCAGCAACUGGCGGAGCAACGGGCGUCGAGCUUGUCGUCUGUUGUCCUCGGUUGUCCUCGGUUGUCCCGAUUCGACAACGAUCAAAGAGGUAAUGUUACGUGCACAAAAAAUAAAGAACGCCCCUGUUCUUCUCAGUACGUAUGCAAAGCAUUUGUGCAUAUCCCUAGAGAAACUAGACGGAAAACAAAGUUGUGGAAAUAGGCAGAGCAGAAGUACUGAUUUUAAAUGCCUAAGGAUUCCCAUGCUUGCCCAACCAGGAAGCCUGUUCUUCGGUUGUGUAAAACGAUCGCUUUGAAGACAGAGCCCGCAGCAGCGAACGAAUUGACCUUCGUGCUGCCUCUCGCCUCAACCCAAACUAAGUGGUGAGAACACAGCGCACACGAAGCCACCAGCUCUCGAUGCACUGAUGCCUAGA